UUCCCAAGCUCAAAUUCGUAUGGAAAAAAAUAAUAUUACAAAUGAUAAUUAUGCUAGCGAAACGAAUCAUAUGCUAAAUGGAGACGUAAAUGAUAUUAAUGACGAAUCUCUACUAGCCGAAGAAUUUAAAAAUAAAGCAAAUUUAUAUUUUAAAAGUGAGGAUUAUAAACAUGCUAUUGAAUAUUAUGAUAAAGCUAUUGAGAAAAAUCCAAAUAAUGCGGUUUAUUUUGCUAACAGAAGCUUUGCCCACCUCAAAAUGGAGAGCUAUGGCUAUGCAUUAAAUGAUGCUACCAAGGCUAUUGAAUUAGAUAAUAAGUAUCUAAAGGGUUACUAUAGAAGAGCUGCUGCAAAUAUGGCUUUAGGGAAAAUGAAAGUAGCACUAAAAGAUUUUGAAACGGUAACCAAAGUAUGCCCUAACGACAAAGACGCCAAACUUAAAUACAACGCCUGCAAUAAAAUCGUCAAAGCCCUGGCAUUUCAAAAAGCCAUUUUUGUAGACGUCCCCAAAAAAUCUAUCGUGGAUUCCGUCAACCUUUCUAACAUUGAAGUUGAGAAAGAUUACAAGGGGCCGACCUUAAAAGAAGAAGACGAUUACCAAAUAUCCCUCCAAUUCGUAAACGAAAUGAUACAGUGUUUCAAGGAUCAAAAAAAAAUUCACAAAAAAUUUGCCCUAAAAAUACUUUUAGAUGUCAGAGAAAUUUUUGCGAAAGAAUCAACAUUGGUCGACGUUAACAUCAAUAAAGAUCAAAAAUUAACGAUAUGCGGAGAUAUACACGGUCAAUUUUUUGACAUGCUUCACAUUUUCGACAUGAACGGUAUGCCUUCCCCUCAAAAUUUAUACUUAUUCAAUGGCGAUUUCGUGGAUAGGGGUUCGUUCUCCGUUGAAGUCAUGUUAACGCUUCUCGCCUUCAAAGCAUUAUACCCCAAUUCGUUUUACCUUACAAGAGGUAACCACGAGACUGCUACAAUGAAUCAAAUGUACGGGUUCGAAGGGGAAGUCAAAAGCAAAUAUAGUCAAACCAUUUACACGUAUUUUGCCGAAAUAUUUUGCCUCCUACCUUUAGCCUAUUUAAUACAGGGCAAAGUUUUGGUAAUGCACGGUGGUAUAUUCAGUCAAGACGACGUGACUCUAGAUGAUAUUCGCAAAAUUGACAGAAAUAGAGAACCUCCAGAAAGUGGAUUAAUGUGCGAAUUGCUAUGGUCAGAUCCGCAAUUCCCAAAUGGCAGAGCUCCAAGCAAGAGAGGAGUCGGAAUUGCUUUUGGACCCGAUGUUACCCACAAAUUUUUGGAGAAAAAUGGCUUGGACUACAUAAUACGAAGUCACGAGGUUAAGGAUAAUGGCUACGAAGUUGCUCACGAUGGUAAAUGCGUCACCGUUUUUUCCGCUCCUAAUUAUUGUGAUUCUACAGGCAAUAAAGGGGCAUAUAUUACGUUAACGGCUGACAAUUUGACUCCAAAAUUUACAACUUUUGAAGCAGUGCCUCACCCAAAUGUGAAAGCGAUGGCCUACGCAAAUUCAUUGAUGGGAUUUUUAUGAUCUAUGCAUUAAAAUUUCUCAUCCACUGACUUAUUAAUAUUAUAUAUUAUCAUUAAUAUAUAAUAUUUGAUUGUUGUAAAUAUGUUUGUUCCUAGCAUAAAUAUAUUGUAAAAUAUGAAUAUAUUACUUUUAUAUAUAUAUCAGAUCCGAAUAUACGA